UACAAACUAGCAUAAUAUGAAAUUAACAUCAAUACAAAUCCCUCAAAACUGCAUUGCAAAUACUUAGGAGAUGCCAGAUGCAAAUAGAUUAUAUAAUAUUGUUUUGCUGUGAGCUGAAACAUGAUACACAGCAUUUUUUUGUAUAACAGGAAUCUCUCUCUCGCUCUCUCUCUCUCUCUCUCUCACUGGAAAGUUGCCAAGGAUUGUGUUGUGGUUACAGGCUGAUUGAUGUCAAAGCUCCAACUUCCUCAGCCACUUUCAUACUGUUCUGAGGAAAACUCUGAUUUAAUCUGUUGGAUGAAGCCUUCAAAAAGAACAAAAUCACUCAGCUCUUCUGCAGCUGUACAGCUUCAGAAGGAUGUAUACAAUCUCCCAUCCCAUGAUGCCCUGGCACAGAUCCUACCAGAUUACCGGUCGCUCCUCAACAGAGUGAGGACGGAGCUUCAGAGCACAACUCAGCACGAACAGGAGACACCAGCUGAGAGGGCAGAAGCUGCACAGGGCAGAAAACCCAACAUAAACUACACAUAUCACAUACAUCAUCCACACAAGCGGUCUCCUCUGCAUGACUUUGAGGAUGAUCCAAACAUGACAGAGAUCACCGACCUCCAAACUAAGGAGGUGGAAAACUAUCGUUCAGCCAUGACUAAGAUGGCAGACGACAUCAUUACACUGAGGACACAGGUGGGGAAGCUGGAGGCAGAAAACAGCAAACUCCGCGGCGAUCUCUCUCUGCACCAGGACCUUGGUCGGGAUCUGCUGAGUGACACGGACAUCGACGUCAUGACCAAGGCUGAGAUCGCUGACCGGAUAGCUACUCUGAAAUUCAAGCUGGCCAGUGAAACCAGUAACACCGCCUCACAAAGGAACAGGAUCCAGGAGCUCCAGAAUGAGCUAAUCAGGAAGAACGACAGUGAGAAGGAGCUGCUGAAGCUCCAGAGAAUCCACCAUCAACAACAGGAAGAUCUGCAGAAUCACCAGACUCACAUGACAAAGAUGGCUACUUUGGAGAUCACAGUAAAACAGCAGGAAAAGGUGAUAGAGAAGAUGGGGAAGGCUUUAGACGGCAAAUUCAGAGAGCAGAAAAGACAAAUUGGUGACAAAAAGCUGCUAUUGAAAGUGCAAAGAGAUGAGGCUGACCGAAAAAAGGAAGAGACAGAGUCGACCUUGGCAGCAGAGAACGCCCGUCUGAGAAUAGAGCUGGACAGGAUUCGCCAGCCGCCUGCUUCAGUCAUUACACAGCAGUCAGAACAGGGUCCCCUUCAGGGGAAACACACAUUACCACACAAGGAGAAACUGAGUUUACUAAAUAAACUGGAGAGGGCCGAGGCAAGAAUUAAAACACUGGAGGCUCAGCUGGAGGAGAAUGCUAAAUUAUGGGGGAGACAGAAACAAGAAAUGUUGACCAAGCUGAGUGAGCACAGGCACGGCUUUGAUGGAACCUCCACCGCAAUCCUUCAUAAUGAUUCUUUGAAGGCUGUACCAGAUUCUUUACAUCAGCAAAGAAGACAGAAGAAGCAAAAACCUGUAAAAUGACUGCAAAUAACUUUACCCAAACCAAAAGAGACGCACAAACUUUCUCUUUCAUGUUACAAAAGACAUUUAAUCUAAGAAAUAUGCUUACAGAUUUAAAUAUGGAGUACAAUUACAUAUAAAGACACAUACUUUGUAUCAGUUUUAUUGUUUAUCACUGGUUUGUACAGAUAUUAAAAUAUUUAUGCCAUAUACAAGUGGAAUAAAAUACAUUCCAGUUUUCCGAGA